UCUGAAUAAUGGCCCGCUGGCUGCACGCCGGCGCCGGAAGUGAGGCGUUCUGAGGCGCCGCCUGGAGCUGCCACGUCCGAAGGGGAGAGUCACUGCUGCUGCAGCUAUGGUAUCAGUAAUUAACACUGUGGACACCUCCCAUGAGGACAUGAUACACGAUGCGCAGAUGGACUACUAUGGCACCCGCCUAGCAACCUGCUCCUCUGACAGGUCUGUCAAAAUCUUCGAUGUGCGCAACGGAGGACAAAUCCUCAUCGCAGACCUCAGGGGGGGGAAGUGACACUAUGGAUACCUUGGUCCUCUUAGCAGCCUCUGACUCCCUCCCUUGCAGACAUGAGGGGCCAGUGUGGCAAGUGGCCUGGGCCCACCCUAUGUAUGGUAAUAUCCUGGCUUCGUGUUCCUACGACCGGAAAGUCAUUAUCUGGAAAGAGGAAAAUGGCACUUGGGAGAAGACCCAUGAGCAUUCGGGACAUGAUUCCUCAGUGAAUUCUGUGUGCUGGGCCCCCCAUGACUAUGGCCUGAUCCUGGCCUGCGGGAGCUCAGAUGGGGCCAUCUCCCUGCUGACCUACACUGGGGAAGGCCAGUGGGAAGUGAAGAAGAUCAACAAUGCUCACACUAUUGGCUGCAAUGCUGUCAGCUGGGCCCCUGCUGUUAUACCCGGGAGCCUCAUAGACCAGCCAUCUGGGCAGAAACCCAACUACAUCAAGAAGUUUGCAUCAGGUGGCUGUGACAACCUCAUCAAGCUGUGGAGGGAAGAGGAGGAUGGCCAGUGGAAGGAGGAGCAGAAGCUAGAGGCACACAGCGACUGGGUUCGAGAUGUGGCCUGGGCCCCCUCCAUUGGCCUACCCACCAGCACCAUUGCCAGCUGUUCACAGGAUGGUCGAGUAUUCAUUUGGACCUGUGAUGAUACCUCAAGCAACAUGUGGUCACCCAAGCUGCUGCACAAGUUCAAUGAUGUUGUGUGGCACGUGAGCUGGUCCAUUACCGCCAACAUCCUGGCUGUGUCUGGUGGAGACAAUAAGGUGACCCUGUGGAAGGAGUCAGUGGACGGACAGUGGGUAUGCAUCAGUGAUGUCAACAAGGGCCAGGGUUCUGUGUCAGCCUCUGUCUCAGAGGGCCAACAGAAUGAGCAGUGACAGCACAAGGCCUUCAUAUUUCUGGGACAACGACCAAACACCUAGGAAGAAGUCUCAGCUCCACCAAGAUUUCACACCCAGGAGUGCUCACAGAUGCCAGCAACGGGUGCUCACCUGCCUAACUGGUCCCUAUGGUUUGUAAUAUACUGUCCACCUGAAAGCAUUCGUGUUAGGAAGAAAUGACAAAUGACUAUUAUAAUAUUUUUGGCCAUUUUUACCUACCUUUUGGUUCAGGCUGUAUCCAAGCUAAUAAAAUAUUACUUAUA